AUGCAGUGGAUGGCGAGCGAGGAUGUUUUCGUUUUCUCCAACGAAGUCGACGUGGCGGCAGUCACUCCCACCAAGCGGGGCAUCUUGCGCUGCGUAAUGAGUCAGUUCGAUCCACUGGGGCUCCUCUCACACUUCCUCAUUCACGGACGUGUUAUCAUCCAGGAUAUUUGGCGCACGAAAGCUGGAUGGGACGAUACGGUCGACGAGUCGAUUCUGGAGCGUUGGCAGCUUUGGGCAACCAAGUUCAAGCAACUGAGAGCAAUACAGAUACCUCGUGCCUAUUUCCCGAGCGCGACAGCAACAGACAUCGAAGACUUGCAGCUGCAUAUCUUCGUCGACGGCAGCGAGACUGCUUACGCUUGCGUCGCCUACUUCAGGGCCGUGAUCCAAGGAAACUUCCACUGUGCGCUCGUCGGAGGAAAGACGAAAGUGGCACCACUGAAAGCACUCUCCAUUCCCAGAUUGGAGCUGCAAGCGGCGCUCAUAGGCUGUAGGCUGAUGAAAACUCUAUACAAUAGUCACAGUCUGCCAAUUUCGCGACGAGUAUUUUGGACCGACUCGAAAACCGUCCUUUCUUGGAUCAAUUCCGAUCACCGACGCUACCGGCAAUUCGUCGCCUGUCGAAUAGGCGAGAUACUAUCUAAAUCGAACGCUCAAGAGUGGCGAUACGUUCCGUCGAAGAUAAAUGUGGCAGAUGAUGGAACAAAGUGGGGAAGUGGUCCUAAUCUGCAAUCUGACAGUCGUUGGUUCAAGGGGCCGGAGUUCCUUCGGAAGGCAGAAGUGUUUUGGCCACAUCAAGUCGAACCAGAGCAAGUCGAAGAGGAAAUCAGACAGUGCAACGUCCACCUAGUUGCGGAGCGGAGCGAAGUUAUCGAUUGGCACCGCUUCUCCAAGUUCGAAAGACUUAGGUGA